AUCUUGGGUCAUAUCAUGGAGGAAGGCUAUGAACUCGAUCUUACCUACAUCACCGAGAGGAUCAUUGCUGUAUCCUUCCCAGCUAGUUGCUCUGAGGAAACAUAUCUACAUAAUUUGCAAGAUGUAACCCGAAUGCUAAAAUCCAAACAUGGAGAUAACUAUCUGGUAAUAAACCUCUCUGAAAAAAGAUAUGAUCUUACGAAGCUUAACCCAAAGAUUAUGGAUGUGGGUUGGCCUGACCUCCAUGCCCCUCCUCUUGAUAAGAUGUGCACCAUCUGUAAAGCCCAAGAGAACUGGUUAAACAGUGAUCCUCAGCACGUAGUGGUCAUUCACUGCAGGGGUGGAAAAGGACGGAUAGGAGUUGUCAUAUCAUCAUACAUGCAUUUCACCAAUGUUUCUGCCAGAUAUGUCCACUUCCUUAGUGGCCUUCUCUCAGGAUCUGUGAAAAUGAAUACCACACCACUUUUCCUGCACUUUGUAAUUCUUCAUGGCAUCCCCAACUUUGAUACUGGUGGAGUUUGCCGACCAUUUUUGAAGCUCUACCAAGCAAUGCAACCCGUCUAUACAUCAGGAAUCUACAAUGUUGGUCCAGAAAACCAAAGCAGAGUUUGCAUUGCCAUUGAACCAGCCCAGCUUCUAAAAGGAGACAUAAUGCUGAAAUGUUACCACAAAAAAUAUCGAUCUGCCACCCGCGAUGUCAUUUUUCGCCUACAAUUUCAUACAGGAGCCAUUCAGGGCUAUGGGCUUAUGUUUAGAAAGGAAGAUCUGGACGAUGCCAACAAAGAUGACCGUUUUCCCGAUUAUGGGAAGAUAGAAUUAGUCUUUUCUGCUACUCCUGAGAAAAUAAAAGGAUCUGAACACUUACAGAAUGACCAUGGAGUGGUUGUGGAUUACAACACUGUAGACCCAUUGAUCCGGUGGGAUUCUUAUGAAAAUAUGAGUCCUGAUGGGGAAGUAUUACAUACUCAAGGUCCCAUUGAUGGCAGCCUUUAUGCUAAAGUGAGAAAGAAGAGCAUAUCUGACAACAGCAUCCCUAGUGGAACUCAGGUUGUUCCAGUGACCAAUAGCCCUGAUCACAGUGACCAUACCCUAUCUGUUAGCAGUGAUUCAGGCCACUCCACUGCCUCAGUAAGGACAGACAAGACUGAAGAGCGCUCAGCUCCAGGCUCCAAAAGGGGUUUGAGUCCACAAGAAAAGGCAGAACUGGACCAGCUCCUCAGUGGGUUUGGAUUAGAAGACCCUGUAAGCUCCCCAAAGGAUAUGACUGAUGCUCGAAAUAAGUACAGUGGGACUCGUCACGUAGUACCAGCCCAGGUUCAUGUGAAUGGAGACUCCAAGCUGAAAGACAGAGAGACAGACAUCCUAGAUGAUGAGAUGCCCAACCAUGACUUACAUAGUGUGGACAGUAUUGGGACUUUAUCCUCUUCAGAAGGUCAACACUCCAGUCAUCUUGGAAACUUUACUUGUCACAAAAGUAGUCAAAAUUCUCUCUUAUCAGAUGGAUUUGGGAGCAACACUGGGGAAGACCACCAUAUUGCCCUUGCCCCUGACCUAGGCAUCGGUGUAGAUCCUCUGUAUGAGCGAUCAUUUGGAAAUGGUGAGCCCAAGCAGGUUCAGCAGCUCUUGAGGAACCCUACUGUAUCAGUUCAGACACCAACUUAUGGACAGGGCACCUAUUCUACUCAGACAUGGGUGCGCCAGCAACAAUUAGUUGCAGCACAUCAGUACAGCUAUGCAACAGAUAGUGAGGGGAGGUUUGCUAUCCACAAUUCUUCAGAGAAUUCAAACUAUGUUCCAGCCCAAUCCAGGGUCCCACUAACUCCCACGAGAGGGUCCAGCAGCAGGGAUGCUGUGCAGAGGGGUUUUGGUAAUAUACCAAAUCCCAAUGAAGUAUCCCAGCACUCUUACCAAGAAAGUUUCAAACCUAGGUCAACAACAGAGAAAGAGAUAAAUGGGAUUGACAUGGGAUUGAAUGCUGGAAUUUUACCUGGAUCUCCAACUCUGGAUAUUGAUCAAUCCAUUGAACAGCUGAAUAGGCUGAUCUUGGAAUUGGACCCAACAUUUGAGCCCAUCCCAACUCAUAUGAAUACCAUGGCAAAUCAAACAAAUGGAUCUGCAUCCCCUGACAACAAAGUAGGAGGAGGACUACGGGUAAAUCAUAGAUUUCUUGAGAAAGGAGACAGCAUAAGCAGGAAUUCCAGCCAACAUGGAUCUAGCCUGGAUGAUCCAUCUGGAGGGAGAAUCAGGAAAUUAAGCCUUGGCCAGUAUGACAACAGUGCGGGGCAGCCAUCAUAUACUGGAUGUGGAUGGGUAAAAGCUUCUACUUUGGAUCCAGUUCCAACUUUGGGAUCCUUUAUUACAUCAGGGGAAACGAAAGAGACAAUGGUAGCCAGUUAUCCUCAAGAACUUGAUGUGAUUGAUGGUGGAAUAUUCUCACCAACCAAAAAUGGGAAUGAAAUUGUGUCUCCUACUCCAGCUUUUCCUGUGUCUCCUGAGACACCAUAUGUGAAAACUCCUCCACAUUAUUCUCAGAUCAGUCCAUCAGAGCGUGGCCCAACCAAUUUGUACAAACCAGGAUAUGAACCUCGGAGUUACACUGAAGGCCUUAAUCACUCAGUGGUGAUGUCGGACAGCCCAAUUGGAACAAACCCUGGUCUGUUUCGGUCUGAGAGGCCAACAACCCCUUCUUGUCAACGGACUUUUCCAUCUGCCUGUACAACUUCAAGCAAAAGCCCUCUCCAGAGAGGCGAGAGCCCUUCCACAACAGAGCACCAAUGGCUAGAAAGCAGUCCCAAAUCUUCUCUUUCACCACAACUGUCAAUGAUGGGGAGCAGCCGACCCACAGGUUUCCUUGUGGGUUCAGAAUUUUCCAGUCCAGGACCAGAAUCUUCACUUUUGUCUCAUUUCCCACCUUCAGAGCUACAAGUUUCUAAUCUAAACAGUCAUGAAAACUCACCAGCAGAACAGUCUCAAGAAAUUCUGGCCAACCAAAGUGGCCGAGCCUUCCUAAACUUUGGUGUGCCUAGCAUUGGGAACAGCCUACAGCCUGAUGAGAAGCCUGGGACCUUACUGAAUAAUUCCAAUGGAGCUUCUAAGUCACCAAUUGCCCCAUUGGCAGGAGUUGUGGACAAUGGCUUCUUGUCCCAUAAUUUUCUCACAGUGGCCCCUGGACACAACAGUCAACACAGUCCAGUCCUACAGCAUGCAGGAUUAUCCCUGCAUUCACAACCACCCCUUCCUGAGAAGAAGAGGAUAUCUGAAGGAGAGCGUUCCUUUGGUUCUGUCUCUCCAUCUUCUAGUGGCUUCUCCAGCCCCCAUAGCGGGAGUACAAACAGCAUCCCUUUCCCAAAUGUCCUUCCAGACUUUGCUAAAGUUCUGGGCUCCUCACCCUUGCCAGAAAAUCCCACCGAUAAAGAUGUGACUGUGAAAUUUGUUCAAGACACAUCUAAGUUCUGGUACAAGGCAGAUAUUUCAAGAGAACAAGCUAUUGCCAUGCUGAAGGACAAAGAACCGGGUUCCUUCAUUGUUCGGGACAGCCACUCUUUCCGGGGAGCCUAUGGUCUGGCGAUGAAAGUUGCUACCCCUCCUCCUUCAGUUCUGCAACUUAAUAAAAAAGCUGGAGAUUUGGCCAAUGAACUUGUCAGGCACUUUUUGAUUGAGUGUACCUCUAAGGGAGUGCGAUUGAAAGGAUGCCCAAAUGAACCAUAUUUUGGGAGUUUGACAGCUUUGGUAUAUCAGCAUUCCAUUACUCCUCUGGCAUUGCCGUGCAAACUCCUCAUUCCAGACAGAGAUCCAUUAGAAGAAAUGGCAGAAAAUUCUCCACAAACGGCUGCAAAUUCUGCCGCUGAGCUGCUAAAACAGGGGGCAGCCUGCAAUGUUUGGUACUUAAAUUCCGUGGAAAUGGAGUCACUUACAGGUCAUCAAGCUGUACAGAAAGCCUUGAGCAUGACGUUGGUUCAAGAUCCUCCUCCCAUUUCUACAGUUGUCCACUUCAAAGUAUCUGCCCAGGGAAUUACACUGACUGACAAUCAGCGGAAACUUUUUUUCCGAAGACAUUAUCCAGUGAACACUGUCAUUUUUUGUGCUUUGGAUCCACAAGACAGGAAGUGGAUCAAAGAUGGCCCUUCAGCAAAAGUAUUUGGAUUUGUUGCAAGAAAACAAGGGAGUGCUACGGACAACAUAUGCCACCUGUUUGCUGAACACGAUCCUGAGCAGCCCGCCAGUGCCAUUGUGAACUUUGUAUCAAAGGUCAUGAUUGGUUCUCCCAAAAAGAUCUGAAGUCUCCCUCCACAGACAAGACUCCCGCUGCAGCUCAGUGGACAAGACCCCUUUACUCUUUGAUGCCAACAGGGAGAGAUGGUGUCCUUUUGAACAAUUCCUCCAAACAUCCUGAUCCCAAGAAGAAAAAAAAGAGUACCUUUUCUAGGUUUUUUUCUUCUUUGCUUCCCCCCCCCUCCCCCCUUUUCUUAUUUUAAAAGAAAAACUUCAAAAUCCUUGGCCCUUUCUGAAGAGGACGUUUUUGCAUCUUGAAACAUUCUCAGAGCCAAGUGCCAAGUUGUGUCAAAAAAAAAAAAAAAAAAGCAUUUUCUAGAACCUCUUCACCUCUCCAGAGUCCUCUUUUGGGAGAACUUUUGAAAGAAAAAAGUUCAUGUACCUUUCUUUCCUCAGCAUCUCUUGGGGGAACAAUGGAAUGAUUGCCGGGUUAUCUACUAUGUCACAUGAAUUUUAUGAAAUUCUUUAUGGACUAGAGCUACACGCGUGGCCUGCUGGAGACUCUGGUCCUGUCUGUAUCCACGGUAGCCACGACCCUCGCAAACUGAUGCUCUUUCAAAGGAUGAUGGGCCUCAUCUACAAUCAUUUGCUAUUCCCUUCAUCUUUCCAUAACCAAGACUAGAAUUGAACCGAGAGGGGGAAGUAUGUCUGAUGAAGGUUAGUGUAGGUUGAUUUUUUUUUCAGGGACCACGAAGACAGAUAAAAAUGCAGGGUUUACUGAGAUUUUAAGGUCUAAAUUUGGGAAUGAUUGAGGUCAUUGUGCUUUAUGAAAAGUUGGAGAUGCUGUUUUAAAAAUUAUAUGGUGAAGGCUUGAUGUGUUCUGUUUAAUGAAAAAAAUAUAUUUUGUAUGAAAAGUCAAGCAAGUAAGGAACCAUUUUAAUAAUAGCAGGAUAAAAAUGAGGGAAAAGCAAAAAAUGAUUUUAUAUAAUUUAUAUUUUUCCUAUGCCAGAUUAUUUAUAGUAGAAAUUUGAUAUCGCUAUAUUGUAUUAAUACUCUUUACUAGACACCUUGUUGAGUUUUGCAUUUUUCGUGUUACUUUAUCUAAGUGUAUCUACUGCAUGUGCCUUGCCUAGAAAAUGUGUCAAUAUUUUCUAAUGGUGUAGUUAUAACACAUCUUGUAUUUUGGAAAUACUGUUUUAACAGAAAGUCUUUUUGCAUAUUUGAAUUUGUUUUUUCAACAUUUUGUUCAUGAAGUUCACUUUUUUUGUGUGGUUUUUAUGCCUAAAUUCUUGAUUGUGGACAGAAUCACCUAAUGCAUCCAGAAGGGAAAAAGAUAAUUAUUUUGUUUAAUUCUUGCCUUGGCACAUGCUUGUUACGUUGGAUGUCAUUUGUAAGGAUAGAAACAAGAUGAUAUCAUAAAGGCUCUUUAUAAGCUCUCCUACAGAUCUUAUCACACUGCUGAGUGGUUUGCUUUGUAUUAAAGUGUGGCAUCUGAGAAUGAAGGUAAGAAAAGGGAUGAUAAAUAUGUACACUUUUUAAAUUCUCCUAUUAGCUGCUGUAUUAUAUGGGUACUUGUGUCUAUUUCUAUAUCUGAAUGGCUUUCCCAGCCAGUCUGCCAUUGGUCAAGUUCUGCUGGGACCAGUGAAAGAAGGUGGACGGAUGGUGGAUGCAACCCUAACUUCCUUCUCUGUAGUGCAUGAGGUGCCGAGUAAAUGCUCAGAGAACCCCUCAAAGCGUCCCCCCCCGAAUGUUUUCCUUGAUGAUAAUAUCCUUCUAUCCUUCCCCAAAUCAGAUAUCAGUGCUUAUUAUAUACAGGAAUUAUAGUGACCAAGUUAGGCUUUGAAAAUUUACUCUUUUAAAAAAGAGAUGGUUGUAAUGCAUGGGUCAGGGCAGCAAAAGGCAGGGAAGAAGAAGACAGCUCGAAGGCAGCUGGAAAUGCUUUGUAUAUAAAUCUAACAGGUAGAGAAUUCUGACUCCAUCCCCAGGACCAAGGGCGGGCGCUCAGGACCGUGCCAAAUGCUUUAUGAUUCUGUUACACGCUUAAUCUCAUCCUGUAGUAUUUGCAUCGCCAUUCACGAUUCUGCUCCAGCACCUGAGAGGAUUCCACGGACCUCGGGCAGAAUUUUUUGUCUCUAAGCCACUUCCAAAGAGCAUCCUGGCUGCUUGUCAUGAGAAGUCUGAGAAAGUGAAAGGGUGGCGAGGGCUUCCAGUGACCGAAUCUGCCAGGAGUGUUGUUCCUCUCCUGGAAAGGCACACAGAAGAAGAAAAAUAAACAUAUACACAAAAAGGGCUCGGUUCAUCACGUUCCCGUAAUUACGGGAAUGCCGUGGAAUUUGGGGCCGUCCUUUCCUGCCAAUGUAUGGUGACUUGGAAUUUUCAAGAUACUGUCACAGCAUUUGAUGCUCACAGGUAUUCAGGAAGCAUUGCCAGAGCCUGAAGGUUGCCAUUCAAAAACAAAAAACAAAAACAGAAAAAAAACCCAGCUCAUUUACUGGCAUGCUUGCUUUUUCAUUUUUAUUUUAUUUUUUGCUUUUUACACUUUGCUCUGUGUCAGAAAGAGCGUCAGAGAAAUUCAAUGGGAGCCGGACUCUUCUUGGCAAGGAAAAUUUUUAAGGUUCCAGGGAGAGUUCACACAGUGUGUUUCUCUUAAGAUAUGUUACCACGUGUAUUAGAAAUAUAUGAAAUCAUUUUAAAUACUCAAAAGCAAAAAAAGGUAAGAUGUAUUCAGUAGUUUAGAGUGUAGGCAGUCCCGCGGCAUUCCUUUUUGUGACAAAUGUACACCAUUCACACAACGUGCUUUCCCCCAGGGUGUUUUUAAGAUGUGUCUAUGCAGGACUCAAAAAAGAAAGGCCGGUGAACUCACAUUAGCUUUUUGCCACGUGUAUUUGGUAGCCAGUCGCCUAUUAAACCGCUUCUUAAAUUGUAUCCCUAUAAUCCUUCAGUGUUAUAAUAUGGACAUGCUAAAAAGCCAUGCUUAAUGAAAUGGUGCCAGUGUAUCCUUAGUAUCAUUGACAUGUUAACAUUUCCUUCUCUGCCUUAUCUAUUAGUGGAUAUUUUACCUUUGCUCCAUACUGUAAAAAAUAUAUUCAGUAUGUAAAUGAAUGUCCUAUAAAUUCUUUGUAUAGUCGAUUUCUCUGCUUUUUAAAUAUCACCUUUAUUCAGAGUAUAAUAAAAUUAUGAAUUUGUUAAGCCUC